AGUAUUCAGGAAGAGAUUGUCGAUGACGGCGAGGAUGAUGAGGAGAUCGAGUCUAAAAAUGGUGACGACGAAGACGAAAUCGACGAGCUUGUUUCAUCGCCUUCACCUUCACCUUCACCCCCUCCGUUACAAGGUCGUAGGACUCCAGUUAGGCGGCGGUUACGACCACGUCGAGUUCAAACGCACACUCCACCUAGCGACGGCGAUGAUGAAGGAGAGAAUGAAGAAGAGGAUGACCAAACUGAGAUCGACAUUGAGGAUGAAUCCGAUGAGAUCAGAAGUAGCGAGGACGAAGAUGGCUAUGAAGGUAACGAUACGGAGCCAGUUACAACGACACCUCGCAAGCUGCGCAGUGGUAAGGUAGUGGGGGAAGAAGAAGUGCAGGAGGAAGAUAUUGGCGAGAAUUCGGAAGAGGAUGAAGAGGAGGAGGAUGAAGAGGAGGGUGAAGAGGAUGAGGUCAGUAUUGAUGCCGAGGACGUCGAUGUCGAUGUCGAUACUGAAGGAGAAAAUAAGGAGCUUGAGGACGAUGACGAACUCAUGCACGAUGAGGAUGUUGAUCUUACUAUUGCCACCGCAAAAACCCUUGUUCGCUUAAGGCGUGAUGACCUCGUCCGUCUUUGUGAAACCCGGGACCUUGAGGUUGUUGGUACAAAACCCCAACUGGCGCAGGCACUUUUGCAGUGGCGCGAUCGACAUGCUAAUGGCUUUUCUUCACCAUCGUCGACCGGCACAAUCCGCCCUCCUUCCACCGCUAGACCUCGCGCUAAUGGCCGUCGCAGGACCAAAAGCAGGAGUAAUAGCAAAACCCCACCAGUUCUUAUGCGCUCUCGCCGUGUUCAUCAAGAUGAACCUCGUACGCCUCCUCUCUCACGUGAUAUUGGAAGAGAAGCUGAGCCUGAGCUGGAACUUGACCUUGAAAGCCUCGGUCUUGAGGAUCGGGAAAUUCCUCCAGAAAAGCUGACAAAACUUGAGAAGAUUGGCAGCGGAGGUUUCAAGGAUGUUUACAUUGGCAAAUUCAAAGGCAGGAGAGUUGCUAUCGCGGAAUUCCGCGACCAGCUAAGCCCUAUGGACAUCAAAGAACUCAAGCUUCUCGGGGGCUUUGAUCAUGCCAAUAUAGUCCGUUUCCUUGGAGUGAGUAUACCAGAGAAUACCCGAGAGACGCCUGUCAUGAUCGUGAGCGAGCUUUGCUCUAAUGGGGAUCUCUUCGACUAUGUCCGCAACGUUCCAGCACCCUCGUUGCAUAAAGUUAUAAAUAUUAUGCUCGAUAUUGCUCGUGGACUCGAAUACCUGCACAUGCGCAAACCUUCCGUCAUCCAUCGAGAUUGCAAGUCUUCGAAUAUUCUUAUCACAUCGAGGGCCACGGCCAAAAUCGCGGACUUUGGGCUCGCCAAAGUAAAGCAGUCGACCAGGUCAAUGGUUCGCAGUUUGGUCGGCACGGUGAACUGGCAAGCUCCGGAGUUAUGGCAUGCUCAUCCCAAGUACAACCAUAAGGUCGAUGUCUUCUCUUGCGCCAUGGUUUAUUGGGAAAUGUUACAAUGGCACAAUCCUAACAAGAAAUUUCCGUGGGAGGGUAUGAACGAACACGCGAUCUACGAGAUUGUGGGGGCGAAGCGACAAAGGCCUUCCAUCAGUGGAUUGCGAAAACUAUGGUGUCCAGAAAUUAUCGAACUUCUAGAGCGCAUGUGGGCUCAUGAUCCGCAGGAUCGACCAACGAUGUCCGAAGUGGUAGAAGAGCUCGAACAUUUGGCCUCUCAGAGAUAAAGCAUUUCUCACGUUACACAUGGUAUUAUCAACUUAUAUCCUCAUCCUUAUUGGCACCGGCCUGCGAAACCCUAACAUAUUUGCAAGUGUGCUUUUUGGUAUGUAACGAACGUUCUGCCACAUGUUUAACCUAUCAUCUUUCACUAUUUCAUUCUGCAACGUAUAUCCUGCAUUUGUAUCGUAUUGUCACCAAAUAUCACAGUUGUUUCGUG